AUGUUGGAUGCCUGGAGCGGUGGGUUCAAAGGCUUGGGCCUCGCGUCGGGUGACGUGCCGGGCAAGAAUGGCAUAGCAAUCAAUCCACACACUCUUUUUCUGCAUUCCAAGCUCCUACCCUUGUUGGAAAAGUUACUCCGGGAGACCCGCACGCGGAAAACCAAGGAUGUCAAUACGAAUCUUCAGUCGGCUAUUUUAGCGCUUCGAACGUUUCUGACGGAAGAUUGGCCUCCAUCCAAAGCUGGUACGACAACAAACCCCGAGACGGGGGCGGCGCAGGCAACCUCUCGGGCCAAUGCCGGCCAUACGAUAAGUAAGUCUCCAAUGGACGGAGUCCACACCGAGGCUGAUGUCAAAACAGUGACGAACGACACAACACUACUCAGCGAGGAAACGGAAGAAGAAGAAACCCAGUCGGAAACAACUAUCGAAACGGAAGUUGCGGAACCCCCGGAGGAAGCCCCUCGUAUUCCAGACGUGAAGGCGCACGCCAGCGAGGAUGCCGCGGUGGAAGAGAUCACGGAACAUCCCGCCGAAACGGACCAAGUUGAGCCCACCUCAGUACCACCAGAACAACCGGGAGCGAUACCGGGUUUGGAAAAACCACCGGCGCCUACGAGUGACUAUGACGAUGACGGCAUCCCCAAAGACGAUCCCCAAACGCGCGAACCGGUCCACGAGUCCGUCGUCUCCACGCUCGAAGUGCUCAUGCAGAUUCUGCAGCAUCCCUCCAAAACGAACAAAUCGGUGGAGUAUAUCCUGGAUGCUAUCAACCUGUUGGUCUCUUACCGGUACGUGUCGGGUCGAGCGGGAGGAAGGGAUGACGUAUCCGGAUCAGGAUCCCAAACAGCCGUUUCUACGGAAAACGAGACGGAUGAUACGGUGGUGCAAGAACUCAGCGCCCCGUCGUCCUCUUUGUUGCAUCGUCUCUUAGAGAGUGUCGCCAAGUGUUCGGAAAUUUUAAACGUCGAUGUCAUUCACAUUUGCUUGAUCAAAACGUUAACGUCCAUCAUGACGUCUCCCAAAUGUGGCGUGCAUGAAGCAUCCAUGCUGUUGUGUUUGAAAGCAACCUUUCACGUCUUUCUGGUGACGAAAUCACAAACCGCCAAGGACAUGUCCAAAGCUGCGUUGCUCGACAUGCUGCGCUCCGUCUUUUCGCGCAUGGAAGCAUACGACGUUAUUGUGCGGAGCCGUCGGCAUCACUUGGUCGGGUCGGAAGCCAGCGAGACGGAAAUUGCUACCGAUACGUCAGCGACGUUGGCCUCGCAAAUUGAUCUUUCCACUGGUAGCAACGGGAGCGACAACACCGGCACGUACCGUCCGCCUCCAUUUACUUCUCAGUAUCAUACCGAUAGCUACGUUUUGUUCCGCGCCUUGUGCAAAAUGAGUGCCAAGGAAUUACCCGCCGAUACCACAGAUUCGGAAUCGAACACCACUUCCAACCGACUUUUUUCCACAAGCAGCAACGCAACGGACCCUAUGGCUUUGAAUAACAAACUCUUGUCACUCGAUUUGAUUCUGUCCAGUCUGGAUUAUUGUGGGGAUGCUUUUGGACGCGAACCGCGCUUUUUGCACCUGGUGCAACAUUAUUUGUGCGUUAGUCUCUUGCAAAACUGUAUGUCGCAUCAAACUCAAGUGGCUUUCUUGUCCCAAAAGAUAUUCUUGAUACUGGUUCACAAGUUUAAGGGCCAUUUGAAGCAAGAAAUUGAAGUCUUUUUGUCAAACAUAUUUCUGCGCGUGUUGGAUUCUCCGAAUUCAAGUUUCAAGCAAAAGGCCCUCGUUUUGGAAUCAUUGCGAUCCUUGUGCCGGGAUCCAACGUUGUUAACCCAAAUCUUUCUGAACUACGACUGUGACUUCAAUGCAAUGAAUCUUUACAAGGAUAUUGUCCAUCAAUUGACCAAACUUGGCGGAAAGGCUACCACAACGCUUUCGAGUUCAUUUACGAAGAAAGAAGCGGAAGAAGAGUUCGAGCUUAGUUUGGCUGGUAUGGAAGUGCUCGUGACUAUUCUCAAAGCGUUUUUACGCGCACUGGCGCUUCCGGGAGGAGAGGAUGAUACGGAUGACACGGCUGGAGCUGCAAUUCGUGGUAUUUUGCAACUAGACGUAGGUUUGGCUGCGACCAGCAAGUCACCUAUCCACCCGUCGACAGCAUCAAGUGCGUCUAGUGUAGUGUCCGAGGAAUUGCCAAAAUCCGACGGGAACGAAAGCGCAGAGGGAAAUCGAAGCGCUCAAGUGGCGGGAAGGAUUGUUGAUGCCUUCGAAAUGAAACGAAACGCAGAGCAGAACUUUGAGAUCGGGGCUGUCAAGUUUACGCUCUCACUGAAAGGUGGCCUAGCUUUCUUCAUCGCCAACGGUUUUGUUCGACGGAAUGCACGAGAUAUUGCUCUGUUUUUCUUGCGUAACAGGGACAAGCUGGACAAGACCCAAAUGGGUGAGGCGCUUGGGCGUGAACCCGACGCUGCCUUUGUCAAGGAAGAAGGUCUGGAAUCCGACAACGGCGGUCCGGGAUUUUGGGUAAGGAUUCUUCAUCACUAUGCUGACGCUUUGGAUUUGUCUGGCUUGCCUUUUGACGAGGCUAUUCGGUUGUUUCUUUCUGGUUUUCGUCUGCCGGGUGAAGCACAGAAGAUCGACCGCAUUAUGGAAAAGUUUGCCGAAAAGUUCACUUCCCAAAAUCCCGACCUCUUUCCGUCGGCCGAUACUGCAUUCAUUUUGGCUUUUUCAGUCAUCAUGCUGAACACUGAUUUACACAAUCCCAGCAUCAAACCCGAACGGCGGAUGACGGUUGAUUCAUUCGUUCGGAAUAAUAGUGGUAUUGGCCAAGAUGGUGGUGACUUACCGAAGGAAUUCUUGGAAGAAAUUUUUGACAGAAUCAAAGAACAGCCAUUCAGUCUGAAAGAAGACGAUGCCGCGCGGGAAAAAGCAGGCGCUCACAAGCAAAUCUUCGAUACAUCUGUGUUUUUUGAACGCUCAACAUUCUCGAGAUCCACAGCUGAUGACAAAAAGCGUGAAAUGUUCAAAAAGGAAAAAAACGAAAUGAUGGCUGUGACUCAGCGUCUAAUUCGGCGUCGCCCUGACCAGAACAACCGCUCACAGGCGACUUCACUGACGGAUACUAUUUCUCCUUCGGACGUGGUAAAACCAAUGUUCGACGUGACAUGGGGACCGAUGAUAGGGAUUUUGUCGCAAGUCUUGGAAUGUUCCGACGAUGAGCGUGCCGUGGCCGUUUGCUUGAACGGUUUCGUGUACGCUGUCCGCAUCGCUGCGCACAGUAAGAUGUCUCUCGCCCGGGAUACAUUCGUCUCGUCGCUUGCGAAAUUUACCUUUCUCGGUUCAUUGAAAGAGAUGAAGCGGAAGAAUGUGGAGAGCAUUCGGACUUUAUUGAGCAUUGCUGUCAUUGACGGCGACUUCCUUAAUGAAAGUUGGGGGCCGGUGCUACAGUGUAUAUCGCAAUUAGCUCGCCUGAGACUCACAGCGUCAGGCCUCGACUCAGACGAGUCCUUUUUGGUCGAAAAAGAGAAAGCAAAGAAAGCUGCGACUCCUAAUCGUGGUCGUGAAGCAGAAGAGAGUAAUGGCCGCGCCGUACUGGAAGCGGUCCAGGAGGUUUUAAUUUUUAAGGUUUUCUCUUCCUCCGUGAGCCUUUCAGCGAAAAGCCUCGGUCACUUUAUAUCCGAACUCAUCGCUGUGUCUGAAUCUGAAAUUGCUGGUAACUCAAAGCAAGGCAUCACGGGCAUGGAGCCAACCGGAAACGGAACUGAGGCCACAAAGAAAAUCGGCGAUGGACCUGCGAUUUUCUCGUUGCAGCGUCUAGUCGAGGUAGCGGAUUAUAACAUGAACGUACGUCCCCGUCUCGUUUGGGCUCAAAUAUGGGUGAUGAUGGCCGAUUAUUUUGCAAAGAUAGCAUGCCAUGAAAACGCUUUUGUCAGUGUGUUUGCAAUUGACUCGUUGAAACAGUUGAGUUUCAAAUUCUUGGAGAAACCCGAACUUUCGGAGUUCAAUUUUCAGCGUUUGUUUUUAAAGCCAUUUUUGGUUGUAAUGGAAGAUCCUUGCAGCAGAGAAGACGGACGCGAACUUGUUCUGCGAUGUAUCGACAAUAUGAUUCGGACGAAAGCCUACAAUCUUCGCAGCGGUUGGAAGGUUGUAUUUUCUAUAUUGACCAGGUCAGCAACAGAUCCAAGUGAAAAGAUUGAUUACCUGGGGCUUGCAACUCUUCAGCGCUUACUUGACGACCACCUGAAUGAUUUAUUCAUCCCUCUGGAAGACACUACAUUGGUAAAUGAUCUCGAAGCCCUAUCAGCUCUGGAACGUCGAAAUCGAAAUUCAAACGUUGACGACUUUGUCGGGCUCUGCAAGGCAUCGCUAUCUUUCGUACAGAGGGAGGAUACAGACUCGCCUAGACCUGCGGGAUUAUCCAUGAGAGCAUUUUGCCAUACUGCUAUUUAUUCUGAUUUACUAGCAGCGAAACGAAUUCUUCCUCCAGUAUCUGGUGAACAGUUUGAAGACCGAGAAGAGGCCGGCUAUACGUACCCGGAACUAGAUAGGACUGAAGCCCUUGAAAUGGUUCUUUGGCGACCACUGCUUGAAGGCUUAGCUGAUGGCAUUCGUUCCACUUUAAGAAGUAGCGCGGGUGGUGUUGGCUGCAUUAUUCAACGAGGAAGUGUUUUAGCCUUACGAGCUAUCUUACUCCGACACGGACAUAUCUUCUCGACUAAUCAAAUUGCCGCCAUUCUCAAAUAUACAGUAAUUCCUGCUAUUCAGGCCGGCGCGGAAGCAGAUAAAGGUUCUGUUGUCAGUGUCACGUCGGAAUCACCUUCUAUUUCCAACAUUGAUUUUUUGGUCGAUCCAUAUCCUAUUCCACCCCCUCCUGACGAUGUUUCACUACUUCGUUUUGAGGCAAUGAAUACAACCCCUCACAGUCGAUCUUUGGGCCCAGCCGAAUUAAUGCUUGAGGCUAGUUUCUCCGACUUGAGACACUGUGGUGACGGAGACCUACGUCGUGCCUUUAUCUUGGCAAAGAAAGCUGCUGCUGUCGCUCCGAAGGUCAUCGAGCAAGCUUUCCCAGACAGUUGGAUUGCAACUACUGCGCCGGUGGCUCUGGGACUCUUAACUGAUAUUGUGAGUGAACUUUGUCUCGAAAGAGGGCUUGACGGGCGUGAAAAAGUUUGGUCUUUAAUAUGUAAUCAGUACACACUUUGGUAUCUUGGCCGUGACAAUCCAACAUGGACUCCAUGCGAAGCGUUGGUGCGAAUCGCAUGUCAAGAAAUGCGUCGCUUUCCUAAGCGCUUGGCGGAGUUUUCACCGAAACUUGAAAGCAGUGAAGCCACCGCAUGGUCAAUUUCUGUCUGUUUGCUUUUUUCUAAGCUACUUUCGGAAAGCUCGCGAAUUCAAAUGGACACAUGUAAGAGUUUGGUGCAUCGCAAGGAGAAAGCGCUUGUUGUGCAGAAGUCAAAAGACACGGACACGGACAGUUUGGAUGAUGUUGACGAUAUUCCAAUCACAACUCCGUAUGGAAAAGGGCUCAUAGUUAAGAACAGAAACGAUCGCUAUCGUGCAGAGAUUGAAGGCGGGGCAGAUAUUUUCUUGGAGAUGAAUGUUAUCUCUUUGGAUUUUGGCGCAUCCCUCUUCAGUCCAGUUGAAGGGUCGGUCCGAAAAGUGAUUCCCCUAGAGGACGACAGAGACAUAUCAUCGGUGCCAAGCACAGGUCAAGAUCGACUUCGUCUCAGCGGCGGCAUCCCCCGUGAAGUGAAUGUGCCGAAUGCUUACUGGCAAGAGCUUGUCCCCAUAUUAAAGAUUCGAUGCGUCGCAGCUCACUGUCUUCAGGAAUCAUUGGCAGUACUCAUCGAAGAUUUUGUUCUCUUCUUACCCGAAAAUGUAGUGGUAGAGCUUCUCAAGACGCUGAACGGGUGUAGGGCGGCAGCACAGGAAGCAGCACGAGACGAGGAUGUUGCCACAGCGUUCCAGGAAGCGUUGUUCCAUGAUUGGGGAGACGGUGUUGCCGAAGUGGAGCAAGCCUUGGAGAGUGCAGCUAGGCUUUCUCACUUGCAUGGCAGCGCGAUGUUCUUUUUGGCCCAAGAAGCCAGCGCAACUCAGGCAUUGGUGAGUCUUCUGUCCCCUCUAUAUUUGCAUAAGCAAGGUAGAGGAACCCUGCAAGUAGAGGAAUGGGGUCGCAAGAUGUUCGCGGAACCGCAUGUCAUGGCAGCAAUUAAAGAAGUCACAAACAAAUUCCUCGAGUCGGAAGAGAAAGAUGGUCAUUUAAUCGACCCGAAUGUCUGGCGUAAUCUCCAAGAAAGCGGCGGCAAAGUCGCCUUAUAUUGCACUUUCUUUGGAACAGUUGUGGUCAAUCUUUUGAAACUCAUUCGCUCUGUUGAAGAAGAUCAAUUUUCCUUGCAUCUCCAGGAAUUCUUUCCGAUACUGUGCAGUCUUGUUCUUGUUCAGAGUGACGAGAUCCGCAAAGCUGUACAAGAAAUACUGCAACUCCAGGUCGCUCCAAUGUUACAAGUGAAAGUAUAGUAUAAAAAUGCAAGUACUACUACAUCGACAUGUCU